UUGCAAGGCAAAGAUAUGAUGAAUCCCAAUCGGUGACCAACUUCAACAGUUAAUGUGUUUAGUGCCGUCAAAUCACACGGAAGAAGCAAAAAUUUCCGUGUCUUGAAACUCGAUGUCACCCAAGCAGCCGUUCUUGGGUUACAGACCUGAAGAAACUUGGCAUAGUUUAGCCCUCAAGGCAAAGCAAGUCAGGACUUACCGGGUGGGGGACCGGCCAGAUAUAUUACUACUAAAGAGCUUUGUCUGCAGGAAUGACGAAACCUUCUAAAUGGGAAGCAAGCAAGCAGAGGAUAUCAAGAAUCUCCUUCUCAAGAUAAUAAUUCCCCUGGCUUUCCCCCUGGCAGGUUCUUUUAUCUGCGGCCUCAUAGCAGAUAGAGCAAUCAGGCACAGUGGCUUAGACUCGUCUGAUAACUCAAUCCAAUUGGAUCAAUCAUCGUCAGACGGUUUGAGAUUGAUUCAGGAAGAAGAGGCAGGAGGAGAAAUGGAGUCCCCGACUCCGGCGGCGUCGCGGAAGCUGGUGCAAGCAGAGACCCCCUACAGCACCGGCAGGCUCGUUGGCGGUGGACACGCGAGGCAGGCUUCUCUUACCGAGGAAAUCAAGGUGGCGCAGGACACCGAGAGCUCAUCGGAAGUUUCAGUCAACAACCAGAGGUUCCAGGACGCUCAGGGAACGUCCCCCGCCGGCACCGAGGAGGUCGAGAGCCUGAAGCGCGUGGUGUCGGCCCUCGAGGAGCGAGCCGCCGGCAUCGAGUCUCGGUUUCAGGGCUACUGUGACAUGAAGGAGCAGGAGUCGACGUACCAGAAGAUGCAGAUCAUGUGCCUGGGGAUGAAGCUGGAGGUGCUGGAGUCCCAGAACCAGCGGCUCGAGGCGGCCGCCACCGAGAUCCGGGCGGCCGCCGAGGAGUUCGCCGUGAUGCGGGCGAGCCUCGACGCGCUGCAGAGCAAGUUCAGGAAAGUCGCCAAGAAGAGCAAGCAGGAGUUCGACGCCAUUGAUGGGAGGAUCCUGGCUCUGGAUGCCCGGGAGGCAGAGAUGGCGACGAGGUGCCAAGGCUUUGAGCAGCUCAUGGCGGAGAUGAAGGAGCUGGUUUCCCAGCUGCAGAAGGGGAAAGGAACGGACAGUGAGAGCGUGGAGGUCGCCGUGGAGAGGAGCAUGCGGAAGCUGUCGAGCAGCAAGGACCUGCUGGACGGGAUGGAGGUGCUCCGGGACCGGUGGGCGGCGGACAUGGAGGAGCUGAUCUACCUCGGCUGGAUCACGGCGUGGCUGCAGCACGACCUCCUGGUCGGCGACGGCGAGGGCGGCACCGCCAAGGGCACGGUGGUGAUAGGCGACGACGACAACGGCACCAGCCCGACGGCGGAGGGGCAGCCCAAGAAGGGGGAGAAGAUGGUGGUGGCGGCGGCGCCGAUCAACGAGGUGGAGCUCCGCAAGACGUCGUCCAACGCGUCGUCGUGCGGCGGCGCGGGAGAGGAGUCGUGCAUGGGGUUGGCGGGCUGCAGCAGGGCAGGAAUCGGACGGCCAAGAUUGCUCCGCAAGAUUAGAGGGUGGACCAGGGGAAAGGGCCCAAGCAAGCAAGAGCAGUGAGGCCGAAGUAAU